ACCUACCCCGCGCACAGCCAAUUCGAUAAUACAUUAUUGUAGCAAUUGCGAGCGAUCACUCUGAAUCGAAAUGGUCAAAUUCAGCUGUCCCGCGCACAUCGAGUUUCAUAAUAAUUUAGUCUGCAAAUUGGAGGAAUGCGAGCAAAGGUGCGCGAUCACUCUGAAUCGAAAUGCUCAAAUCCACCUGCCCAGGCGCAGCGAAUUCGAUAUUAAUUCAAUCGGCAAAUCAGAGAAAGGCGUGGGAAGGCGAGCAAUCUCCCUAAAACUGAAAUGCUUAAAUCCACCUACCCCGCGCACAGCCAAUUCGAUAAUACAUUAUUGUAGCAAUUGCGAGCGUUCACUCUAAAUCGAAAUGCUCAAAUCCACCUGCCCGGGAGCAGCGAGUAUCAUAAUAAUUCAAUCGGCAAAUCGGAGGAAGGCGAGGAUAGGCGUGCAGUCUCCCUAAAACUUAAAUGCUUAAAUCCACCUACCCCGCGCACAGCCAAUUCGAUAAUACAUUAUUGUAGCAAUUGCCGCGCACAGCAUGUUUCAAAAUAAUUCAAUCGGCAAAUCGGAGAAAGGCCAGCAAAGGCGAGCGAUCACUCUGAAAGGAAAUGCUCAAAUCCACCUGUCCCGCGCGCAGCGUGUUUAAUAAUAAUUUUAUCUGCUAAUCGGAGGAAGGUGAGGAAAGGCGUGCAGUCUCUCUAAAACUGAAAUGCUUAAAUUCACCUACUCCGCGCGUUGCGAGUUAGAUAAUAAUUCAAUCGGCAAAUCGGAGAAAGGCCAGCAAUGGCGAGCGAUAAAUCUGAAUCCUAAAACUGAUAUUCGGAAAUCCACCUGCCCCGCGUGCAGCGUGUUUAAUAAUAAUUUAAUAGGCAAAUCAGAGGAAGGCGAGGAAAGACGAGCGAUCUCUCUAAAACUGAAAUGCUUAAAUCGAACUGCCCCGCGCACAGCCAAUUCGAUAAUACAUUAAUCGCCAAAUCGGAGGAAUGCGCGCGACCACUCUAAAUCGAAAUGCUCAAAUCCACCUGCCCGGGCGCAGCGAGUUUCAUAAUAAUUUAAUCGGAAAAUCGGAGGAAUUCAGGGCGCAGCAGGUUUCAUAAUAAUUCAAUCGGCAAAUGGGAAAAAGGCCAGCAAAGGCGAGCGAUCACUCUGAAUCGAAGUGCUCAAAUCCACCUGCCCUGCACACAGCCAAUUCGAUAAUACAUUAAUCGGCAAAUCAGAGGUAGGCGAGCGAUCUCUCUAAUUCGAAAUGCUGAAAUCCACCUACCCCGCGCGCAGCAAGUUCGAUAAUAAUUUUAUCGGCGAAUCGGAGUAAGGCGUGCAAAGGCAAGCGAUCACUCUAAAUUAAAUGCUUCAAUACAUUUGCCCCGCGCGCAGCGAGUUCGAUAAUAAUUUAAUUGACAAAACAGAGGAGGCCAGGGAAGGCGAGCGAUCUCUCUAAAACUAUAAUCUCUCUAUCUCUAUAAGUCUCUCUAAAACUGAAAUGCUUAAAUUCACCUACCCCUCGCGCAGCGAGUUCGAUAAUAAUUCAAUCGGCAAAUCAGAGGAAGGCGAGGAAAGCCGAGCGAUCUCUCUAAAACUGAAAUGCUUAAAUCGAACUGCCCCGCGCACAGCCAAUUCGAUAAUACAUUAAUCGGCAAAUCGGAGGAAUGCGUGCGAUCACUCUAAAUCGAAAUGCUCAAAUCCACCUAUCCCGCGCACAGCGAGUUUAUUAAUCAUUCAGUGCGAAAAUCGGAGGAAUGGGAGCAAAGGCAUGCAGUCUCUCUAAAACUGAAAUUCCGAAAUCCACCUGCCCCGCGCGCAGCGUGUUUAAUAAUAAUUUUAUCUGCUAAUCGGAGGAAGGUGAGGAAAGGCGUGCGGUCUCUCUAAAACUGAAAUGCUUAAAUUCACCUGCCCCGCGUGCAGCGAGUUCGAUAACAAUUCAAUCGGCAAAUCGGCGGGAGGGGAGCAACGGCCAGCCAUUACUCUAAAUCAAAAAGCUCAAAUCCUCCUGCCCCGCGCACAGCGAGUUCGAUAAUAAUUCGGAGGAAGGCGAGCAAAGGCAAGCGAUUUCUCUAAAACUAAAAUGCUUAAAUCCACCUAUCCCGUGCGCAGCGAGUUCGAUAAUAAUUCAUUCGGCAAAUCGGAGAAAGGUCAGCAAUGGUGAGCGAUAACUCUGAAUCCAAAUGCUCAAAUGUACCUGCCCUGCGCACAUUAAUCUGGUUGUUUAACGUGCGGGCUAUGCAUUAAGCUUCCCCACACGGCCCCCCAUGGUGCUAUCAGUGUUAUACUCUGGCUGUACAGACUAUACCCCCGCUCUUGCGCUCUCGAGCAGACGAACUUCUCGGCGUUGGACGGACUGGAACGUACCCAAUAAUUCACGGUACCUGAACACGGGAGCGGAAUAGGAGAACAGGGAUUUAGAACGCCGCAACUAAGUAUAGUGAAAUCGUUAGAAGAGGCGGGAAAUUCCAAAAGUGCGGGUACAACCGAGAGAAGGAAAAAGAGGAGGAGGUAGAUGAGGAGAUAGGAAGGGAAUAGGAGAAGACUUAGAGGAAAGAAACGCGUUAGCAAGAAGAGGAAACGUAAAAAGAUCACCCCAAGAAUAAGAGAAAAUGGGAGGAGAGAUAGUCAGGACACUAAAGAAUACAAUGGACAUAAUGCUAUGAAAGAUAGAGAAAAUAAACAAGAAAAUAGAUAUGGAAAAAAAAGAAAGGGAAAAAUUGAUAGAGAACUAUGAAUAAAGAUAUAUAGGACUGGAGAAAAAGCUGAAGAGGAAAGUAGAGGAAGGGCUAAAAAUGAUGGAGGGAAAAUUAAAUAUUAGGGAAGAUAGGAAAAAUGGAAGGAAGGAAAGAGAAAAACAGAAGAAUGAAUACACACGCGAGGGAGAGCGAAGAAAACAAAACAGGAGUCGAAAUGGUAAGGGAUAGAAAAGCGAUGGAAGAAAUGAAAUAAAUGAUUAAGAAAGGAGAAAGCGAUAAGAAGAAGAACAAUAUAAUGAUUUCAGGUUGCAAGAAAGAACAGUGGGAGUAGAUAGGCUAUAGGCAUACCAGAACAUAGGCAUACUAAAACACCCCCUCUCCUCUCAGAGUGUUUUGGUACCCGAUGAAAGAGGAGGGAUCCUCUCUCUCUCCAAGAUACUAAAACACCCUCUCUCCUCUCAGGGAAAGAUUGCAGCCCUCCCAAAAGAGAGGGAAGCGCCUACAUUUGCUUGGAAAAGCUCCUCCUUCUCUGAUUUUCGAGAAACGUGUGAAAAGCGAAGGUGGUGGAAAGUGUGUAAAUGUAUCCUUAUAAGAUAGCAGUCAAAGCUAAUAAAUUUAUCGGAGAAAAAUAAAUCCCGCUUUCUCACAGUUUAAACUGAAGAUAAUAACAAGAAUAAUAAGCACAUCUUCUCGCUCUCGUGAAGUGAUGAACCCUCAAAGCAGUUUCCACGUUAGAUUGUCACGAGCAGAGAUAAUUUUCACACACACUUGAAAUUACUGUCGAUUCUUAAAGAUAUAAUCUUACGCUCAAUAGAUCUCACAGGGGUAUCUGUAAGUCUUCUUGUGCGGCAAACGCGCAGGUAUACACAUUUCCUCGACCGCUUGCUUACAUACGGAGAUAAUUUUAUUCAUAGCACAAACUGACGCUCAAUAGAUAUCAUACGGAUAUCUGUCGGACUUCUUGCCCGACACGCGCGCAGGUAUACAUAUUUCCGCAUGCUUACCUGCACGUACGUAUACACAUCUGACCACCUUUCUCACAAUCUCACUCAGAUGAACUUCCUCGACUCCGCAUGCUUAUCUGCGCGUACAUAUGCACAUCUGACCCGUCCCCUUCUCGCUCAGGCAUACAUAUUUUCCCGACCGCUUGCUAGCCUACGCGCAAGUAUACACAUCUGGCUGAUUGCUUGCAGAUUAGCAGAUAGAUUAUCCGCCAAGUUAAUAUGUGCAUGUGUGCGUUUCAAGAACUAGGAUUGUAAAUUUUCACACAGAUAAGUCGGAUACGUGCUGAAGACUCUUGCAUGAAAAUUUAAGAUAUGGACAGUCAACAAUGAUCGCUCUCUCUCUCUCUCUCUCUCUCUCGCUCUCUCUCUCUCUCUCUCUCUCUCUCUCUCUCUCUCUCUCUCUCUCUCUCUCUCUCUCUCUCUCUCUCUCUCUCUCUCUCCAAGAAAGCGUAGGUGUGUACUCGAGUGAUUGAAGGAUGGUCAAAUUUUGCUGAGAGGGAGGAGAUUUUGAAAAUUCCGGUGGGAAGUGUCUAAGGGAGGUUCUAUGAGAAGAAAGUGGACAUUUUUCUCUAAUCGAAGGACUUUUGGCAAUAGAAGUGAAAAGAGAAGCUUCGCUGUCCACCGUAUUUCUCUUUAAUGUGGCGUGGCAGUUGAUGUCCUGGACAUCGAAUGGAAUUAAUGAUGAUUCCAUUUUGAGAAAGUGUAAGUGUUAUUUUUUUACAUUAGUUUAGAUUUUAUUAACUGAGUUAACUUCUGCGAUGAAGCAGCUGAAUGAGGGUGCGGCCACCUCACCAGAGUCGCAACAACAGCAGCAACUUCCGUCGAUUGGUGUGAUGCAGCAGAUGUUUAAAAGUAUAUCAUCCUUAUCAGAGAUGCACCAUCAGCAGCAGCUUCCACAGGAGCAAAACUCGCAGCAACAAGCAGCAGUCGCAGCAGAAGUCGCAUCCGCAGCCAAAGCCGCAGCAAAAGCCACAACCGCAGCCAAAGCCACAACCGCAGCCAAAGCCGCAGCUAUAGCCAAAGCCAAAGCCAAAGCCAGAACUACAGCAGAAGCCAAAGCCGCAACCCCAGCCAGAACCACAGCAGUCGCAGCCCAAGCCGCAGCAAAAACCAAAGUAACAGUUGCCGCAACCACAGCCAAAGCCGCAGCAGAAGCCAAAGCAGCAGUCGCAGCCAAAGCCGCAGCAGAAGCCAAAGCAUCUGAAGCCGCAACCACAGGAGAAGCCAAAGCAGCAGAAGCCAAAGCAUCUGAAGCCGCAACCACAGCAGAAGCCAAAGCAGCAGAAGCCGCAGCCGCAGCCAAAGCCGCAACCACAGCCGCAGCCACAGCACCAGCUAGGAAGCCACUCAGGGACCCUCGCUCUCCGCCGGCAGCCAAAAGUGAUCGCCCUUCUACGUCUGCGAAAACCGAACGUCCGUCCUCAUCAAGCGAUCGCAAUCGCUCGUCAUCAAAAAGCGAUCGCCAUCGCUCGUCAUCAAAAAAAAGCGAUCGCCUUCGGUCAUCUUCGAGAAACGACCGCACUUCUGUAAGAAGCGAUCGCUCUUAUGUACCAAGCGAUCACCACACAAGUACGGCAAGCACGAGGGCUGAUUGCCAAGCGUCAAAUACAUCUGUUAGCGCUGUUGAGCAUUUACAGCCUCCUCUACGAUCCGUAAUAGCAUCCAAGGGGAUUAAGCUAUCACAAUCUUCAAGGGCGAGAUCAAGCUCGCGUUCAAGCUCAAGCUCGAGUUCAGGCUCAAGCUCGAGUUCAGGCUCAAGCUCGAGUUCAGGCUCAAGCUUGACAAAAGCGGAAGUUCAAGAAAGAGGAAAUCUGAUGAUGAAGCAAUCAAUGGUAUAGGUGGUAAAAGGAUGACAAUCACAUCAUCUCAAGAGAGCGAAAAAUCAGAAAAGAAGGAACGGAGAAAACUUUCGUUGUCUUUAAAAAAGACUGAUCUACCACCACCAUCUCCGCGAUAGCAGCCAUCACCACAUCCUCUCUAUCAUGCAGAUCAGCCGAUGCCACUUCAGCAUCAAGCAGAUCAACCGAUGCCACUUCAGUAUCAACAAGAACAGCAAAUGCCACUACAGCAACGAGCACGACCGCGUAUAUUGCAUGACGAAAAGCUCAACGAUCCGCUUAUCGUGUUCGAUAAGAAAGCAAAUAUGCGAAAAAUCUGAAUGAUAUUUUUCAAUAAAUUUUUGUAAUAAAUUUUUGAUAAGAUAAUUGUAAAAAAAUUUAAAUAAAUAAACAGAAUUUUCCACUAU